AUGUUCGUCAUCAAGCGAGACGGACGCAAGGAACGCGUGCAGUUUGACAAGAUCACGGCUCGAGUCUCCAGGCUUUGCUAUGGCCUUGAUCCAGAUCACGUUGAUGCAGCGGCCAUUACGCAGAAGGUCAUCUCCGGCGUCUACCAGGGUGUGACCACUGUUGAACUCGACAACCUCGCAGCAGAGACUGCAGCAUAUAUGACAGUCACUCAUCCCGACUACGCAGUCCUCGCAGCGCGUAUUGCCGUUUCGAACCUUCACAAGCAGACCAAGAAGCAGUUUUCCUCCGUCAUCGCCGACCUCUACCACUAUGUUAAUCCUAAAAACAACAGAGCCUCCCCCAUGAUCUCCAAGGAGACGCACGACUGUGUCAUGAGACACGCAGAUGAAUUCAAUUCUGCCAUUGUCUACGACCGAGACUUCAACUAUCAAUACUUUGGCUUCAAGACGUUGGAGAGAUCAUACCUCCUCAAGAUUGGAAAGCAGGUCGCUGAACGUCCCCAACACAUGCUCAUGCGUGUGGCGGUUGGUAUUCAUGGCGACGACGUUGAAAAGGCUAUUGAGACCUACAACCUCAUGUCCCAGAAGUGCUUCACCCACGCUUCACCCACCCUGUUCAAUGCCGGAACCCCUCAACCUCAGCUGUCCUCCUGCUUCUUGAUCGACAUGAAAGAAGAUAGCAUCGAGGGCAUCUAUGACACUCUCAAGACCUGUGCCAUGAUUUCCAAGACUGCCGGAGGUAUUGGCCUCAAUGCCCAUUGCAUUCGUGCCACCGGAUCCUAUAUUGCAGGAACCAAUGGCACCUCCAAUGGUCUCAUCCCCAUGCUUCGCGUCUUCAACAAUACUGCUCGCUACGUCGACCAGGGCGGUAACAAGCGUCCAGGGGCCUUUGCCAUCUACCUCGAACCAUGGCACGCCGACGUUUUCGACUUCUUGAACCUGCGAAAGAACCACGGCAAGGAAGAGGUCAGAGCACGUGAUUUGUUCUAUGCCCUAUGGACUCCUGACUUGUUCAUGGAACGUGUCGAGAAGAACCAAGAGUGGACACUCUUCUGCCCUCAUGAGGCCCCUGGUCUCGCUGACGUCUAUGGCGACGAGUUCAAGGAACUGUACGAGAGAUACGAGAAGGAGGGCCGUGGUCGCCAGACGGUUAAGGCCCAGAAGCUAUGGUAUGCGAUCCUCGAGGCACAGACCGAGACUGGUACCCCCUACAUGCUUUACAAGGACGCCUGCAACAGAAAGAGCAACCAGAAGAACUUGGGUACCAUCCGAAGCUCAAACCUUUGCACCGAGAUUGUCGAAUUUACAGCUCCUGACGAAGUCGCCGUGUGCAAUCUAGCCUCCCUCGCUCUCCCUACGUUCGUGGAUCAGGCUCGAGGUGAAUAUGACUUUGGUCGUCUUCAUGAGGUAACUCAAGUUGUCACUCGCAACCUAAACAAGAUCAUUGACAUCAACUACUAUCCCGUUCCCGAAGCGAAGAAGAGCAACUUCCGACAUCGGCCUGUUGGUCUGGGCGUUCAAGGCCUCGCCGAUGCCUUCCUUGCUCUGCGUCUUCCCUUUGACUCUCCCGAGGCCAGGCAACUGAAUAUUCAAAUCUUUGAAACUAUUUACCAUGCUGCCCUCACUGCCUCUUGCGAACUCGCAAAGGAGCAGGGAACCUAUGAAACAUACGAAGGCAGCCCGGUCUCACAGGGCAUUCUUCAAUACGACAUGUGGAAUGUCACUCCCUCGGACCUGUGGGAUUGGGACUCCUUAAAAGCCGAGAUUGCCAAACAUGGCGUUCGCAACUCUCUGCUUGUCGCCCCUAUGCCUACUGCCUCGACCUCUCAGAUUCUAGGCAACAACGAAUGUUUCGAACCAUACACGUCAAAUAUCUACUCUCGCCGUGUCCUUGCCGGAGAAUUCCAAGUCGUUAACCCUUGGUUGCUGAAGGAUCUGGUUGAUUUGGGCCUGUGGUCCGAUAAUAUGAAGAAUCGAAUCAUAGCCGAUGGUGGCUCGAUCCAGAACAUCCCGAACAUCCCCUCAGACAUCAAAUCUCUCUAUAAGACCGUUUGGGAAAUCAGCCAACGGACAGUCCUGCAAAUGGCAGCGGACCGUGGUGCCUUCAUCGAUCAGUCCCAAUCUCUCAACAUUCACUUGAAGGAACCGACCAUGGGCAAGAUCACCAGCAUGCAUUUUGCGGGAUGGAAAAUGGGGCUCAAGACCGGCAUGUACUAUCUGCGCACUAUGGCGGCCACCCAGCCUAUCCAGUUCACUGUCGAUCAAGAACAGCUGAAGGUUGCGGACACAAAUACAGCUCGGGAACGCUCUGCACCGAAGAAACGCACCUCCCUCGGUUUCGCAGCCAGUGUAAGCAAUUAUAACUCGAUUCCGAGACCCAUGUAUCAGUCCAAGACAAGCAGUUUCACGGCCGGGAACCCAACCACUUCCAUGAAUGGAAUCCCAACACCAACAUCUACGCCUCCCCCCACCAGUGAGGAAAUCAAGCAGGUUGGUUUGAUGACGCAUAAACUCGCCAAAACCCACCUCGGUGGAAGUGGCGAGUCCAGUGAAGAGCCUUCCCCCAAAGUCCUUCCGACGGAGCCUGUCGGUCUACCACCUGAUACCAUAGCCGAUGAGAGUCUUGAGACACGGAUGAGGGGCAAGCAAGAAGAGGAUAAGGAGAGCGAGAGUGGAGAAAGGGAAGAAGAUAUUUACGCACAGAAGGUGCUUGCCUGUUCAAUUGAAAAUAAGGAGGCCUGCUUGAUGUGCAGUGGUUAA